GACUUUGUGAUUGCUAUUCCGGAAAUGUGCCUACUUCAAUACUAAAAAGCGACGAAUCUCGAGGAACUGCAGGAUCUAACUUCGCUCACUCCAUCCAACCGAUCAAGGUGCCGAUUUGAAGGCCUCAACUGUCGUUUCAACUGUAAACAAACAACCAAAACAACUUCCUCCAACUAUCGCAAACGAACGAACACGGUCACUGCAACGCACAAAGAAGCGACUGUUUUCUCUCUUUCCGUCUGUGUAUGAUAGUGCACUUCAUACGCCAUGUUUUCAUGGAUAACAGGGCCUCGGAUCACGAAUGUGAUCGAAGACCUCCCCCCUGAUCCUGGAAACGAAACGACGUUCAUUGAUCCCCCCGACACGCCGGCGCACCAAUUUGCGGUGAAAGCCUUCAAGCAAGCGAUAUUCGGCACGCCAGCACCGGACGACGCGAUUCCGAGCAGGAGUUUAGGGAAGAAGUUAUUGAGCGAUACGGCCGGCACGACGAGACCCGAAUUCCCUGCGCCAAAAGGAAAUGCUGCGAUGCCGUCGCCGUCGAAGCAACCCAAUGGCAUCUUGAUGACACCGGGCACGGUGAAUAAGGGCAGGAAAACGGUCUCCUUCGGUUCGCAGGUGAUGGACAAUGAGGGGAAGAAGGGGGAUAUCGGACGAAGCGGCAUUCCAAACGACUGCCCGGGCAAGUUCCCAAGUCCAUGGACACCGGGCACAGAACUAAAGGCAAUGGGAGGAAGCGACAAGAAGCCGCGGACGAAGCUCACCGAAGCGCUGUACGACGCGCGAUCCACGACGCAGACCAAAUCGGGAGAAAAGCCAAAAUCGAGAGACGACAGUGACAUAACGCUCGACCUGGGUGUUCCGCGGUCAGACUCGGGCAAGUAUUGGAAGGAACAGUAUGAGACGUACGCCAAGAGGAGCGAGAAAGAGAUGAAGCAGUUAGUUGCGAAGCACCAGGUGGCCAAGAACUAUGCGAAGAAGAAGGACGAGGAGGCGACCGCCUUGACGAACCAGCGAGACGAGGAGCGGCGGCGAUUCCGAAGCCGCGAACGACAGCUGGAGCAGCAGAUCAAAGAGCUCCAGGAACAUUUGCGGAAGGCGACCUCAGAGAAGAAUGCCGCCGACAUGACGAACGCGCUUCUCAAGAAGAAGAUAGGAGGGCUAGAGAAAUCACAGGCUACAGUCCAGACCGCCGACAAGAUGCCAUUCUCAAUCUACGAAGACCCAAGCAAAGAACUCAGCCAGCUCCAUCUCGGCCAGGCCGACGUUUCCUCCCUCGGGCGCACGCGCGGUGUCCCCGAGAACAAGGAGAACUCACCCCCCAAAUCCUGGCGCACCCGCCGCCAGAGUCUGCCCAACACGUACUCGCGGCGGAAGACCAUCACCGACGACGCAAACAACACCGCCGACCUCUUCGAAGCAUCCGCGAUCCUCAAAUCCACCCUCUCCACAAGAGACACCCCCAGCCCGACGAAAGAAGCACCACACCACAUACCCAAACCCCCGCUCAGCAUCCGCAGCAAGCCCUCACCAAGCAGGGAAAACAUACUCCUCCCAUCCAGCCCGCUCCCCUUACCGUCCCCGGAGCCCGAAGCCCGUUCGUCGAAGACGAAGACGAGGACGAAGACGACUGACGACCCGUGGCUCUCCGCCAUCGACGACAGCCCCCUCCCCCAGAAGAAAGACCUCCACGACCUCAUGGCGGUCCCCAUGUCCACAGCUCCCCCUCUCCUCGGGUCGUACUCGACGAGCAACAACAACACCACCCGCACACAAGCACGCCGCCAGGUUCGCCCCACGGCCACCACGCAAGCAGAGCCAUCAUCACAGCCAUCAGUAUCCCCGCCCCAAACCACGACAACGACAACGAUGAAACCCAAAGACACAGGCACAGAAAGGCAGGAUAAGGAGAAACCCACGCCCCUCCCCGUCGACCGCAAAGAGCAAGCGCGCCGGCGGUUGCAGGAGCGCAAGAACAGGAAGGGCGUUGGUAUGGCUGCUGCCUCUACCUCAUAAUAAACAGCUGUGGUUUGUACCAAGAAGCACGGAGGGGGAAACGUGGGUUCGAAGUCAAAGGAAUGGCGUUAUUGGUGUAAAUGGUAGGGGGUGGGGGGUGUCAGUUUUGCUGGUUUCUUGUUUUGCGCGGAUAUACCUCUGUCUCUAUUGCUAUCACUAC